AUGGCUAGAACAUUAGCGGUAAUAUUGAUAUGGUGGUUAUGCAGUUUCAGCGAAGUUUCGAGUUUGGGUUGGAUCUUUCCCCAGGAGCCAAUAUACCGCGAAGUGAAUGAAUCGUUUCGAUUGCAGUGCACCCUCAAUGUGCACUCCCGUGACGCCCGCGGAUCUGACAGCAGUAAUCUAAUGUUUUACCGGGCAGACGAACCGGUGCCUAGGGAACAAGUGAGGAUCAUCAACACGACCACCAUCGAGCUGACGGUGGACCGAGCGGUGCCCUCGAAUGAUUACGCGUACACCUGCAAACUGAACGACACGAAAGGUGUUGCCAUACGCAGCGUCUACAUCGGACACAAGCCGCAGCUGGUGCAGGACUUCCAAUGCCGGGCGCCUCUGUGGAGUCAUCAGAUGAAUUGCACCUUCACGCCCGAUCCCAACUCCGUGCAGACGACGUAUGACCUGGUGUUUCACUUCGAGCCAAUUAUCCAGAACUUUUCCUGUGCGUUGCGAUCGGUCGAACACACGCAUCUUAAAGAGUGCAUCAUCGAUAGCAGUAACGGCUACCGGCACGUUAACGAGCACUAUUACUUCACGUUGACCGCCACGAACAAGCUUGGUACGCUAAGUCAGCGCUUUGAUAUCAAUCACUUUGACGUUGUAGUCCCGCACGAACCGAACUGGUGUACGAUCGACAAUUCUUCCAUCACAUCGGAUAGCGCUGUAGCACACUGGCGCAUUUGGUACAAGUAUGCUUCGUUCAGACGAAAUUUCACGUUCGAAGUGAAGCUACUAUCGAUCUUCCACGAUGGUGUGUGGCAAGAAAUAAGCACCGACGGACUGAGGCGUUCUCAGCUCGAGUACACUCUACCGUUGCUACGCUUGCCGUACGCCGACACGUUGUAUGACGUGCGUAUCAGAAUGCGCACAGAUUCUCCGGUCAAAGGGGAGGAUAUGUGGUCAAACUACACAAGCUGUUUCUUCAACACCAUGUCCCGCCGACCGGACAUGCCGCCCGACGUGGCCUAUGGUAUCUUUGAGAAUGCGAAUGAUCAUUUGUUUUUAUACUGGCGAGAACUGCACAAAUGGCAACAUAAUGCCCGAAAUGGUUUCUACUACAACAUCACGAAGCUCGGCCCGGAUGGAAGGGUGAUCGAACACUUGAACGCAACCGGCGGAAUGAUUCAUCUCCGCUAUGUGCAGGACAUGAACUACACUUUCGUGAUUCGUAGCGCCAACGCCGAUGGACUCUCGGAGCGCAGCAGUAAGGUAUUGGUGCCAAGCAAACGGCAUCGCCCGGAGAAACCCGAAAUAGACAAGCUGCUGUCAGACUCUGGCAAAUUCACACUCUCCUGGAAACGUCCUUCGCGGUCGGCGCCGAUCACAAGUUACACGGUUUUCUGGUGCAACACGACGAGUAACUCGCCAAACGAUUGUAAUGGUUCGAUCAACUUCACCACCAUCGCGGCCAGUAGGACCACGUUUGAGCUGAGCGACGCCGGAUCAACGCUUAACUUUGCGGUGGCCGCCAACAUUGGCCACCUGUCGUCCGGUAUGGUUUGGGCGGCAUGUACCGCAACCCACAAAACCGACAUUGGCAAACUGAAAACCUUGUGGAUCACGGAAAUGCUUGCGACGUACAUCAAUCUCAAGUGGAAAACGGAAUGUGGUGACGUGGCGCACACGGGAUACAUGAUCUACUACUGUCCGAUCAGUUCGCCGCGCACGCUAGGUUGCAAGGAGCCUGAACGAGCCGUUAAUGUAACCGAUAAGAGCCAAUACUACUGUCGAUUGGAAAAUUUAAAACCCUACGUCACGUACAAGAUUGAGAUCGCUAUGUACUCAGAAACGCACAUCGGUCCACGGAGCGAACCUCUGGUAAACACAACACGAGAAGCAGCACCAUCACCUCCGCGUGAACUCACGCUUCGUUCCGUAACGAACGACAGUGUCACGUUACAUUGGCUAGCGCCAGAGCAACUGAACAGUGGCAAGAUGAGCUACGAAAUCCAAUACAACGGCCAUUCGGUGCGAGUAAACGUGGAAGAUCCAACCACGGAAGUGGAGCAAAUACUACACGAUCUCGAUGCUUUCAGCGAGUACGACAUUACCGUACGAGCGCUCACGAUUGGGUACUCUAACGCAACGGGCCCGUUGCGAGUGCGAACACUCGUCGGCCAACCGCAAGCCAUCGCACAGCCGAGCACGAAUAGUUCGAGCGAUUCGAAGCUGAUGAUCAACUGGCACAAACCGAUCAAAUCGGGAGGCUGUGUUGAGUUUUACGAACUAAAGAUGAAAACGAAGGAAUCCGUCGUCUACCGGCAACGCACGACCGAGUGUCAGCUGCGGCAGGCGAUUUGUCAGAACCGUGAAAGUUCAAAGUACGAGUUUUCGGUACGUGCCGUUAACGUUGUCGGAAGUGGGACCGAUUUCGAGGGGCUCUCAUGUGCUGAUCGAUGGCUGGAACUGCAGCAACUGUGGCCAGCUCUCGGCCGUAGUAUUGCCGGUGACGGUGACGGCGAGUGUGGUGGAAACGGAUUGUGGCAGUACGAUUCAGAGAAUGAUGGUGCGUUGGGCGAGUCGCACGGCAACUUUCAACUUUUGUACGGGCCAUGGUCAGAACCACUGGCCCACUGGUGCUCGCUCGAAGAUCAGAAUGCCCUCACACCGAUCAUCACAAUUUUGCUGCUGGGUGUUAUUUUUGUACUUUGUCUGAGCUACUUUAAGGUUAAAGACGUAUUUCAAGUCAAAGUGAUUAUCCCCGACGGGCUAACCAAUAUCACGGGGUCCGGCAAACCAGACAUUAUGGGCUCUAAAGGAAACAUUAUUUUUGUUGCCGAUCAGACGAAUCACCCGGCUGGUGGAGUAUUAGUUAAAGAGGAAAGCUUAUACAGCAAGGAACAGAAGCAGUGUCUCCUUUCGUCAUCUUCCUCUUCGGGCUGUGGAGGAAGUGUUGCUGAUCUUAGUGCCCAAGAUCAGCGGUCUGCAAUGGACUACUUCAGCAACAGUGGUCGCAGCGAAGACGAUAGCACGAGUUUCUAUGAUCAGGAAGCCGAGCGACAAGACCUUCAUCGGUUUGGCGUCGAACCUUCGGACGUGUUGGAUAAUCAAAUGGAUUGCACAGAAUGCCCACCAGAGUUCGAUACUAUCGGUACGAUGGGCGAAAGCCAACACAAAUCAUCUGCAGCGGCGUCACGAGCCGUCACCUCUGGCUAUGUUCCGGCCCCUUUGGCGAUGAAUCCUAUCAAUGCGUCCGGGUACCUGAAACUGAGUACGCUGACAAACGGCGGUGUCAAUAUGAUAUCACCGGAUGGGGGACCAAAAUCCAUUAACGCGAAAAUUGUUGCCGCCCCGAUUGGAUACGUGACCCAUAAGCAGCUAUCUGCCUACGGACAGCACUUGAAAUAGAAGAAAGCGUAAACAACAUAUGGCACACACACACACUGAUAUGAAGGGAGGAGGGAGCGCGAAUCUCUAAGUUGGGGCGUUUCCAAGAGUUGCAUCACCAAGAAAGUUCCCAAGCAUUUACCGCCCGAGCGCGUGCACUCCUUGCAAGCAUCGACUGAAGUUACUAGUGGCAGAGAAGAAUAUCAUUUUAGUUAACUUGGACAUGGGGUUACCUUCGUUAGAUCAUUAAGCUAAGCUGCACACAACAACACACAUAUUUCGUAAACAAUUUUUUGCUACUAGACGCUUACUAGACAAUCUGUGUACUACGAAAAAACAACUCCGUUGACUAGUUUGUGUUCAGGAAUCUUGGAGUUGUUUCUUUUUUUUAAACUGUAAAUGCUUAAAUUUUUCAUUCUGUUCAGUAAAAUAGUACAUGCAUGAAUACAUAUUGUACAUCUACCAUAUUUGUGGUGCUGCAACGGAUUCUUGGAUCAAGAAUUGAACGACAGAUGUAGAACUGGAUGGACUUUUAACGGCCUAAGAUCCGUCGGUCGGUGUCCACUGUUCGAACGUAUGAAUUUGUGAGUUCCCGAUAACAUUUACCCGGAACUGAUGCUCCAAACACUGAUUCUCAAGCACUUUUGAAAAACCUGCAGAGUUUUCGCACAGAGUAUUCUCGCCAGUAUUUGUAAUCAGAUGUUUAUGUGUACGUUGUGUAAGAUUUAGUGUUACGAUCCUGAGAUCCCAGGAUGUCCCUUUUCAUGCAACCUUUUCUAUAUUGUGCUAUUCUAGCCGUUGUUUCCUUUAAUUUUAUUACUUUAUUACAGAGAAGUAUGAUAUAUUAAAAUAAAACAACAUUAAACAG